AUGCUCCACGCCGUCUAUCACGUCGGCGACCUCGAUCGCACCAUUCAUUCAGAUUAUGGUGUGACCUCCUAUUACAUUGGGACUGGAUUUGGGCACUUUGCUAUUGCCACUGAAGAUAUAAGUAUUGGCAACCUCAAUCACCGUCCCUUCCAAGAGGUAGUACUCAUACAG